AAUCCCCUUGGCUGAAAAGCGACAUCUGCUACAGUGGGACAGUGACAUCGCGUACCAGAAAGGAUCAACAAAAAUUUGGGUACCCAAUUACCCUCCUUUGCGCCAGUUACUACUCGAAGAAUACCACAACGUCCUCUACGCCGGACACUUCGGUAGCAACAAGACGCUGACCAGUAUCGCAAAACACUACUACUGGCCCCACUUGGCAGAGGAUGUUCAGAAGUUUGUCACCUCGUGUGAUACAUGUCAACGGAUGAAUAGCAGCAAGCAGAAAAAGGCGGGACUACUGCAGCCUCUUCCGGUCCCAGAACAGCCAUGGCAGGUGGUUAGCCUGGACUUCAUCACCGGGUUACCACCUACGACCAGCGGACAUGACGCAAUCCUUGUCGUCAUCGACAAAUUCUCCAAAAUGGGACACUUCAUUCCGACACACACGACAGCACGCACCGAGGAGACAGCACAACUAUUCGUUCGAUACAUCAUCUCACAGCAUGGAAUUCCAACCACACUCAUCUCCGACCGAGACUCCAAGUUCACCAGCAAGUUCUGGAAGGAACUUAUGUCUCUACUCGGGACCAAACUCGCCAUGUCAUCCGCUUACCAUCCGCAGACAGAAGGACAGACCGAGCGCCUCAACCAAAUUGUUGAGCAACUCCUCCGAGCAGCCUUCAAGGACGAGAUCUCCAAAUGGGACUUGCAUCUGCCCGUUCUAGAGUUUGCUUACAACAACGCUACACAUGCCGCUACUGGACAAACGCCGUUCUUCCUCUGCUAUGGACGCCACCCACUCACACCACAGAAACUGACAACAUCCGCUACAGUCCAACCUGCGCAUGAUUUCAUCACAACCAUGCAUCAGCUUUGGGAUCGGACCCACAAGCGCCUUCUCGACAUUCAGCAGCAACAAAAGCGCCAGUCCGAUCGUCAUCGCAACGACCACACCAUCACGGUGGGAGACCAGGUGCUUCUUGACACCCGCAACCUGGACAUCAGCCACCUCCCAUCUAAACUUCGACCUCGCUUCUGCGGGCCUUUUCUCGUUGAAGCACAGCUUUGAGGGGGGGAAGUGUGAGAGUACGACCCCGUU